AUGCGCGUAACCAGCUUUGCUGUCUUCUUCGUUGGCUUCCUCCACGGCGUAAACUGCGAAUCGUUUCCAGCGGCAGCUCUGAGCCACGCGAAAGUCUCGUCGCUUCGUGCGGUGGUGGGCGCUGACGAGUCGCGUACUCCCAUCAACGACUCAUCCGGAACCCGCCGUUUGGCACCAGUGCUGAUUGAUGGCCUAGCUAGCAAUGUUGAACGCUUCGUCGCGCAAGCAAAGCAACUAGAAGGAAACGAUGCUAAAGUGGUCGCCCAACUGAAGCAGCAACUAGGCGACCGUGGUGAAGGUGAUGACCGCCUCCUGCACUUUGAACAACUCUUCGAAGCAAGCGCCAACCCCGACCAUUACCGUGAGGCGCUAGGGCUUCCCCGGCAGUUGCUCAAGGAAAACUUCUUGAAGAUGGGUGUAGCCGAGCGUCUUGUGUAUUAUCUCAAGAAAUCGACAAACGCAAGCUUUAGAAAAGAAUGGGAAAGUCUACGUGUGUUUGAGGUGCUCCACGAGAAGUAUGUUGCUGCACAGAAAGACAUGCUCAAGGAGACAGAAUCUUUGGCUGAUCAGCCUCUUCCAUCGAUCAAUUGA